AUAUUUUAUCAAUAGUACAUUUGAAUAGAAAGCAGUCUUCAUUGGAUUGUUUUAGGUGAGUAUAAGUCAAAGCAGCUGGAGGCUACCAGAUUGUCCACUGCUGUCCACUGAGUAUCAGUGUGCCAUAUGUCCUCAAGGAUGCUGGUUUUAUUACCUCCAAUGCAUCUAUACUGAGAGGAGGGGGGUGACUUAACAACUUCACAAUAAAACAGCUGCCUUUAUUUCAGAACCACAGAAAAACAUCUAGGACCAGCACAAGUUAUCAGAUAAUUAAAGGAACCGUUUUUCAGCUCACUCAGACCAUAUUAAUAUGAAAUCUGUAUCCAAUGGGACAUUCAACAAAAUCCAGAAAAGUUGAUUCAUCAUGAUUUGUGAAGCCCUAAACUAGACUAGACUGCCCAACUAGACUAUGUUAAAACGCAAAAUGAAGGUGUGGCAAAAUAGGGAAUUUCUCAAAAAAUAAAGCUGUUGGUGGAGUUGUGAUAUAGUGAAUUAUAUAUGAUAAGAAACUACAUUUUAAUAUUAAUAUUGUACACACACAUCUUGGGUGAAAGUUUUGCUCUCAGGAUAAUAUAAGCAGAUCUCCUCUGGGAGUGGGCCGGCCCUUCAGACACCUUUGUGAUGUUUUAUUGUCUGGGAGGAGCAAAUGGAAAUGCUGAUUUCAAAAGAGCUGUUAGCAGAAUCACAUCUCUCCAGAUGAAAGAGAGAGAGAGACGGAGGAACGCUGAGAAAAUUCUGACACACAGCUCCAGAAAUCGGUUUUAUCAAUUUUGACGAUGACAAAAAUCUAAUAAAGUUCACCUGAACUUCGGAGAUGAACCGGGGAAGCACAGCAAGUGACACAUUUUGCAGCCAGGAGGACAGUAGCUCAGAGCUGGAGCUGUAUUUUACUGCACGUACGUCUUUCUUUCACAAGGUCAGAAGAUCAGCAGUGAGGCUCAGUCCUGAUGAACAGAUCGACUGGGGUAAACAGGAGUUGACUGUUAGUGAGAUUCAACAGAAGGUUAAGGAGUAUAAUGCACAGAUCAACAGCAAUCUCUACAUGGUGGUCAAUAAAGACGGGUCCUACACUGGUUUCAUCAAGGUCCACUUUCAGUUAGUCCGCCCCAUCUCCCUGCCUCCCCCUCAGGAGGAAGAUCAGCAGGGCAGGCGGAUGAAACGGCGGACAUCUUUCUACCUCCCCAAAGACGCUGCCAAGCACCUGCAUUUAAGCUCCCAAACGCGGGUGCGAGAAGUCAUCGAGGCGUUGCUCAACAAGUUCACCGUGGUGGACAACCCGGCCAAGUUUGCCCUUUUUGAACGCGCUGAGAGACAUAGUCAAGUGUACAUGCGUAAACUGCCUGAUGAUGAGCGCCCUCUCCACCUGCGCUUGUGUGCUGGCCCCAGUGAAAAAGCCUUGAGUCUGGUGUUGAAAGAGAAUGAGACGGGGGAAGUAAAUUGGGAUGCAUUUAGUUUUCCUGAGCUGUGCAACUUUCUGCGAAUCCUGAAGCGGGAGGAAGAAGAGCAUGUGCGUCAGAUUGUGAGGCGCUACGCUCUCACUAGAGACACGGUGAAGCAGGCCAUGGCGAGGAUCACCACUCCUGGUUGACUUUGAGCGAUUCAAUUGAUCUUCAUAUUUAAACAUGAGGAAGAACGUUGUGCCACUUUGAAUAGUAUUGUUGAUUAGCAAUAUAAAAAGGGAAGAAAAGAGCUCAGACAAUGGCAUUGUUUUGAAUAAAUGUUGUUGAUGAAGCUGCUGUUAUAUUUAAUGUGAACUACUUAAAGGCUUAGGCCCUGCUAAUGUUGUGAACUGAAUGGGGGGAAAUAAUAGAAUAUCUUGGAUUUAAUUGGAUGCAGUUCUUUCCUGAAAGACCAUGCUGCUUGACUGGAUUAUUUAUAGUGGUAUUAAAAAACACAAUUUUAGUCUUUCCGGUCAUUUAUCAUGUGAUAUUUAGUUUCAUUUAUAUAUUCUGUGAAGCUGUUUUUAAACAUUUUGGCACUUUACUGAACCUGUGAAAUGGAUUUGGGCAAGUUACAAUGUGAAACACUGUGUUUACAUUCUAACUAUCUAAUAAACUGAUGAUGAUAAAUCA